CUUGCCUGUCCGCCCCCAGCGAACCCCGAGUGGGUCUGGAGUGUGUGGUACCGGAAACUGAGAGUCCAGGAGGAUUCCUCGUGCUGUGGCCCGUUGUCUGAGUGAUGAACGCAAUCGUCCGGCUAGAGAACAUCAUCAGCUUCACUUGUCCCUCGUAGGAACUACCUGUGACUCCCUUUCGCGCUGAGCUUUAUUCACCCUGAGCGCUUUCGGAAUUCUCGCCGUUUCUUUUGGGACUCCCUCUGCUGGUCUCCUGGAGUUGCUCGGUCACACAAUGCCAAUACGAAGGGGUCACGUCGCUCCCCAGAACACCUUCCUUGACACCAUCAUCCGCAAACUGGAGGGUCGCAAUCGAACAUUUAUCAUUGGUAAUGCCCGAAUGGUGAACUGUGCCAUCAUUUUCUGUAACGAUGCGUUUUGUGAGAUGUCCGGCUAUUCCCGAGCGGAAGUGAUGCAGAAACCAGCCUCUUGUGACUUCCUCCAUGGUCCUCGGACCAGGAAGACUGCGGUUUCUCAAAUCACACAAGCCCUGGGGGGCUCUGAAGAGCAAAAAGUGGAACUGUCUCUCUACAGGAAGGAUGGCUCCUGUUUCCUGUGCCUGGUGGAUGUUGUCCCGGUUCGCAGUGAGAAUGGUUCUGUCAUCAUGUUCAUCUUGAAUUUCGAGGUGAUGUUGGAGAAAUCGUUGCUGGAUUCCCUGGACCCAAACUGGAAUGACAAGCUCCUGUCUCCCUGGUUUGCUGCAGGUCACAGACGGAGCUUUAAGGUCCGAUUCCCGAACCUGGGCUCAGUGAGUGUGGGCAAGCUGACAUUGGCCCAGGAGGGAGCAGGCCUUGGCUUGUUGAACCUGUCCAGAGCAAGUUGUGAGUCUGUGGUCAUGGAGGGUCAGAGCCAGACCGAGGAGCUGCUGGCACUGGACCCUGAGGCUGAGGGAGGUACUGACCACUCCUCUGUCACACAGCGAUUGAAGAAGCACCACUCCAGCUCCAACUCUACUCUCAGUCCCAGUGCCACUCCAUCCCAGGAGAGCUCCUACAGCUUCCGUCGUGUCUCCUCACUCGAUGACAUGGAAACGACCAGGGAAGAUGGUGAUGGAAAGUUCCGGAGCCGGCACUCUAGCACAGGGGCAGUGAAUCAUGUGAUGGUCACCCCAAACCUGGUCAAUUCCACUUCGGACUCUGACCUGGCGAAAUAUCGAACCUUCAGCAAAAUCCCCCAAAUCACACUCAACUUUGUGGAUUUUAAAGGUGAGAACUUCAUCCUGUCAUCACCAGGAGAGAAAGAGAUUAUUGCACCGACAAAAGUGAAGGAGAGAUCCCACAACGUUACAGGGAAGGUGACCCAGGUACUGUCUCUUGGUGCUGACGUCCUGCCUGAAUAUAAACUCCAAGCUCCACGAAUUCACAAAUGGACUUUUCUUCAUUACAGUCCGUUUAAGGCAGUCUGGGAUUGGCUGAUCCUGCUGCUUGUUAUUUACACAGCUAUCUUCACUCCAUAUUCUGCUGCCUUCCUCCUGAAUGACCAAGAGGAGGUGAAUCGCCGAGACUGUGGUUACUCCUGUAAUCCCCUCAAUGUGGUCGAUCUGAUUGUCGACAUCAUGUUCGUUAUUGAUAUUCUGAUCAACUUCCGUACCACCUAUGUGAACAGCAAUGACGAAGUGGUCAGCCAUCCUGCCAGUAUCGCCAUCCACUACUUCAAGGGCUGGUUCCUCAUUGACAUGGUCGCUGCUAUUCCCUUUGACCUGCUCAUCUUCCGCUCUGGGUCUGAUGAGACGACCACCCUGAUUGGUCUAUUGAAGACGGCCCGCUUGUUGCGAUUGGUGCGAGUUGCUCGGAAACUUGACCGUUACUCGGAGUAUGGAGCCGCUGUCCUCUUCCUGCUGAUGUGUACCUUUGCCCUGAUCGCCCAUUGGCUGGCUUGUAUCUGGUAUGCCAUUGGCAAUGUGGAGAGAACAUUUCUACAGCCGAAGAUUGGCUGGCUGGAUUCUCUCGGUGAACAGAUUGACAAACCUUACAACGAGAACGAUACUUCGUCAGGCCCAAGCAUCAAGGACAAAUAUGUCACUGCCCUGUACUUCACCUUCAGCAGCUUGACCAGUGUGGGAUUUGGUAAUGUCUCCCCCAAUACUAACUCCGAGAAGAUCUUCUCCAUCUGUGUGAUGCUCAUUGGCUCUCUGAUGUACGCCAGUAUUUUUGGGAAUGUGUCUGCGAUAAUUCAGCGACUGUACUCGGGCACUGCCAGGUAUCACACACAGAUGCUCCGGGUCCGGGAAUUCAUCCGCUUCCAUCAGAUACCCAACCCACUGCGGCAGAGGCUGGAGGAAUAUUUCCAACACGCCUGGUCCUACACCAAUGGCAUCGAUAUGAACGCAGUGAGUCUGAGACUGAGCAGCAUCAUGAACAGGUUACCAACUGAGCUUGGCAUCUCCCAUGCUGGAGAAAGAGAAACCGGAGAAACUGUCAAAUGACAGAUGAGGGACACUGGUCCGACUAGUCCUAUAUCCCUUAGAGUGCGAUCCCUUCAGUCAGAUGUUGGUUUCCACAAGGAGGUGAUGGCCUAGUGGUAUUAUCACUGGACUGUUAACCCAGACACCCAGGUAAUGUUCUAAGGACCUGGGUUUGAAUCCUACCAC